GGAGCCGCGUCGCUUCGUGCGCUGCCAGCCGGGCUCAGCCAGUCGGCUGGAAUUGAGUAGCGUUCAUUGAAUCUGCGGAUUUCAUGACGUCUCCCUGCGUGGUCCAUCACUUUUCUCCUAACCGGGGAUUUUAUUUUUCUCUUGCCUUUCCCCGCUUCCUUCCACCCAGUCUCCCUCCCCCGUCCCUGCCCAGACGCGCGCCCCUCCGCCCCUCCUUUGGCCCCGGCGCCCAGCCCUGCUCUCCGCGCUCGGCCGGAGGGAGCCAGUCCGGAGACGGCCGCACCUGGCUGGAGAGGCUGGGCGGGCGGAGGGGUGGAGACCCGCGGGCGCCGGGAAGCCGGACCGGGAGCCGAAGCCGCGGCGAGCAGAAUGGAGUCUCCUAACAGCCUCUCCGGGCUGAUGUGAAAUUUGCCCAUCUGAUUCCAGUUUUUUUUUUUUUCUUUUUCCUUUUCUUUUUUACAUUUCCUUCCCUCGCCAUCCGUCGUGUAGCGAAUUGUUCAGUCUUGCUCCGUUUCAAGAGAGGAGAUCAUGAUUGAGUGAAGCCACCCCGUCCGCAGCCAGGAAAAGCACAAAGAAGAAACAGCAACAAUGGCCAAGCUGACAGAAUCCAUGACUAACGUCCUGGAGGGCGACUCCAUGGAUCAGGACGUCGAGAGCCCAGUGGCCAUUCACCAGCCAAAGUUGCCUAAGCAGGCCAGGGAUGACCUGCCAAGACACAUCAGCCGAGACCGGACCAAAAGGAAAAUCCAGAGGUACGUGAGGAAAGACGGAAAGUGCAACGUUCAUCACGGCAACGUGAGGGAGACCUAUCGCUACCUGACCGAUAUCUUCACCACCUUAGUUGACCUGAAGUGGAGAUUCAACCUGUUGAUUUUCGUCAUGGUUUACACAGUGACCUGGCUCUUUUUUGGAAUGAUCUGGUGGUUGAUUGCGUACAUCCGGGGAGAUAUGGACCACAUAGAGGACCCCUCAUGGACUCCUUGUGUUACCAACCUCAACGGGUUUGUCUCUGCUUUUUUAUUCUCAAUAGAGACAGAAACCACCAUUGGUUAUGGCUACCGGGUCAUCACGGAUAAAUGCCCGGAGGGAAUUAUUCUCCUCUUAAUCCAGUCUGUGCUGGGGUCCAUUGUCAAUGCAUUCAUGGUGGGAUGCAUGUUUGUAAAGAUCUCCCAACCCAAGAAGAGGGCAGAGACCCUGGUCUUUUCCACCCAUGCAGUGAUCUCUAUGCGGGAUGGGAAGCUGUGCCUGAUGUUCCGGGUAGGGGACCUUAGGAAUUCCCACAUUGUGGAGGCUUCCAUCAGAGCCAAGUUGAUCAAAUCCAAACAGACCUCGGAGGGGGAGUUCAUCCCGUUGAACCAGACAGAUAUCAACGUAGGGUAUUACACAGGGGAUGACCGUCUGUUUCUGGUGUCACCACUGAUCAUUAGCCACGAAAUUAACCAACAGAGUCCUUUCUGGGAGAUCUCCAAAGCCCAGCUGCCGAAAGAGGAACUGGAAAUUGUGGUCAUCCUGGAAGGAAUGGUGGAAGCCACAGGGAUGACGUGCCAGGCUCGAAGCUCCUACAUCACCAGUGAGAUCCUGUGGGGUUACCGCUUCACACCUGUCCUGACACUGGAGGAUGGGUUCUACGAAGUUGACUACAACAGCUUCCAUGAGACCUAUGAGACCAGCACCCCAUCCCUUAGUGCCAAAGAGCUGGCCGAGUUAGCCAGCAGGGCGGAGCUGCCCCUGAGUUGGUCUGUAUCCAGCAAACUCAACCAGCAUGCAGAACUGGAGACGGAAGAGGAAGAAAAGAACCUCGAAGAGCAAACGGAAAGAAAUGAAUGUGAAUCCAGAGCCAUCCAGGAAACUCAGACAUCCUUCCCUAACUCCCCCGGGGAGCCAGUAGGUUUCCAAGUAUGGGUCUUCAGAGCUUGAAAUUGGUGAUUGUGGGACUAUUUAUGCCAUAGAAAUUGGCAAAUACUACCAAUUACAGCUUCUAUUUUCCCAGAGACCCUGUUGCUAAACAUUUACAGAGAUGCAAACCAGAGAUGAUUCUGAAAGAUGGUGGAGACAUAACUUCAAGGGUUCUCUCAUUGUCCACGUUGCCUAGAGGGAGAAAUAGCUAGACCAGAGCAUAGGCAGUGGCUAUUGGUUUGACUGGGCAGCCAGGGUCUUGGAAGAAGCACAGUUUUGGAUGAUUGGUAUCAAUAAAUUCGUAACAAAGACCCUUAAGAAUGAGCACAGGGUGUGCGGACACCUAUGGUCCAUGCAAAUGCUCACCAGUAAGUCUUUAUUGUGGAGAAGGGUCCUGAUCAUUUAGAAGAAGGCCCUAUUACCUAUGACUGUCAAUCACCAACCUUCCCAACCAUCACUGCGCUUACUUGGGAACCCAGCAGCAAAGGAACCAUGAUUUCAGAAUGGAUCCCAUUCACAAGCUCAACAACACCGACAGCCCCUUCUCCAAGGCUGACUCAGCUGUUACAUCAUGGAGUAUUUAAUUUUCCAAUGCAGUAACCACGUGUGAACACUCAAUUCUAGACCAAUGUGGCAGCUACCUGGCAACCAGUUGUUUAAUUGGGACUCCAUCACCCCAGCAACACAGUCUCACUGGAAGAGACUCUUCCUCUGAUUUGGACUUGCUCUUUCCAACACCCUCACUUAUACCAGCACCAUCACACAUAGGCCUACUGGUCACCUUCCUUACUGCUGCAGUAUCAGACAUGACACUGCUUCUGAACAAGGAUUCACUUGAUCACAUUAUUGGUAUCACUCCAGCAGGAGAAAUAAGGCAAUGACCAGGAUCCUAUGGGAUUCACAAGCAAGUCAGCUUUUCCUUGGCAUGUCAUGAUUUUUGUCUUCCUCUUGGGAGCACUUCCAGCACCACCUGUGGAACUUCAUACAAGUCCCAUGAUGUUACUCAGGUGUGUGAUAUUGUACUAGACAUGACAUAAAAUACACAAGAAACUUGAGAGAUCACUUUUUCCUGUGAUGCACAAUUUCUUGGAGAAAUGAACUGUUCACACAGAAAGGAUGAGCAUCGCAUGGCAUUUUAAGUGGAUACUCACAACACCUGGGCUCACCACCAUAGCAACAGGAGGUGGCUUUGAAUUCGUGCAGUGGAACAGCAUGUAUGCAGUUAUGAUUCAAUAGUGCACAUUCAUGGUUGCUCACAUUUGUCUCACCCGAAUGACUCCCUAUAUGAUCUGUAAGUGUUUGUGUGCAUAAGCUUUGAUACAUUUUAACCUUUCAUAAUAGAUAUGUGUAUAUUUUAUGGAAGUAAAGGAGAAAAUAAACUAAUAUUUGCAUCUAUUUUAUGCAUUC